AUGUUUGACGAUACCGACAACGAUAAAGACAGACCACUUGGUGUCUUUAAUCCAAAUCAACGUCAAUUCUUUGAAGAUGAAUUGAGAUACCGAGAAAAAUUGGAACAGCUGCACGCAGAUAAUCCCGAUCCAACGCAUCUUUAUAUUAGACCGAAAGAGGUUGAGUUAGACGUUGAUUUGCUGGAUAAAUAUGAUUCUUUUUACAAAACGACUAAAAGUUUAUUGGUGCUCUUUCAAAUCAUGGGCAUUAUGCCAAUUAAACGCAGCGCACCAGGUGAAAAAUUGCCGAGAACUACUUAUCAUUGGAAAUCAAAAGUGUUCUUUUGGGCUUACUUCAUUUAUGGAUGUCAGACCAUUCUCGUGAUAUACACCUUGCGGGCACGAAUUGAGAACUUCAUAAAUUCAUCACACCGAUUUGAUGAGGUUAUCUACAAUGUUAUUUUCAUAAGUUUAUUGUUGCCACAUUUCUUAUUACCGAUUGCAUCUUGGCGCCAUGGGUCAGAAGUCGCGAAAUUCAAGAAUAUGUGGACCAACUAUCAGCUACAGUAUUUUCGAGUGACUGGUACACCAAUCAUUUUCAAUCAAUUAGUGUCAAUGUCUUGGAUUGGGUGUGUUGCUAGUUGGAUGUUGGCCGUCGUAAUGAUGAUAUGUCAGUUUUAUUUCCAGCCAGAUUUCGCAUUUUGGCAUAUUUUCGCAUAUUUACCCAUCAUUGCCAUGUUGAAUUGCUUUUGCUGCCUGUGGUUUUUAAACACGACCGCCUUCUCAACGGCCAGCAAACUACUAGCGGCGAAGUUAGAAGAAACAUUGGUUCAGCCAAGGCCAUCACAAAACUUAAUCAGAUAUCGACAUUUGUGGGUUGAUCUGUCGCACAUGAUGCAGCAGCUCGGACGUGCCUAUUCCAAUAUGUACGGCAUUUAUUGUCUCAUUGUUUUUUUCACAACGAUCAUUGCAUUGUAUGGCGUUAUGAGUGAAGUUCUAGACCAUGGAGCCAAUUUUAAAGAACUUGGUUUUUUUAUCAUCGUUGUUUAUUGCAUGACAUUACUCUUCAUCAUUUGCAACAAGGCGCACGGCGCCAGCGAAAAGGUUGGACUGGAAUUUCAAACCCGUCUAUUGAAUGUGAACUUGACGGCAGUGGAUAAAUCAACGCAAAAGGAAGUUGAAAUGUUUUUGAUUGCCAUUCACAAGAAUCCACCAAUUAUGAAUUUGGAUCAAUAUGCCGAUAUUAAUAGGGGUCUCAUUACAUCGAAUAUUUCCUUCAUGGCCACUUAUCUGGUUGUGUUGCUUCAGUUUAAAUUGUCUUUGGUGCGGCACAGUGCUCGUCAAGCGGCCCAUAAUUUAUUGCUCAAUAGGACAAUGUUGCAUCAGCAAUAA